AUGUUUUUGUAAGCCAUAAAAGUAAAGGACAAUAGGUAUUAUAAACAAUAAUGAAGAUUGGAGCCUAUUCAAUUAAAAUAAAGUCCAAAAGUACUUCGUCAAUAUUCACCAGAAGGAUAGAGUAAGAUAGGAAUUUUCAACAGCACUUUAUUUCAUGGAAAGAAAUCUGUUGAAAAUAGAAAGCAAAAUACAGAAGCAAGACCUUUAUCUUCAUUUUAAAGAAUUACUAAACAAGCUUUUUAUAAAAAUGUUUUUACAACUUAAUAUAUUGUAAUGCUUCACAUAAAAAAAGAUAGUUCUUUUGUGAAAAUGGUAAUAAUGGCAAUUUGGUUAGGAGAAUUUUAUAAGGAAGAGGAUGGUUUGGUGAAUAAUAAACAAGCUAUAAGUAAUAAAAUAAAUAUAUAAUUUAAGUGUUAAUUUUAUUUGGAGAUAAUCAAAUAAAGGUUUCAAUUAUUCAACACUAACAUCGAAAAGUGUUUGCAUAAAUCAUUUGGAACAUCAUCAUGAAAUUUCUAAUAAAAACAGAUUACAUGCAAAUUUGAAAACAUUUUGUUAAAAAACAAACAAAAAAAUGGAUGAUUUUGUACCUGUAACUUUCAUAAUCAAUUUGGAUUCAACAACUUUGUAAAAUGAUUUAAAAAAAUUUGUCGAUUAUUUCAAUGAAAUCAAAAAAGAUAAACAAUAAAAAAACAUUUGGCUACUUAAGCCACCUGAUUUAAAUAGGGGAAGAGGAAUUCAACUUUUUUCUGAUUUAAAAAUCUUAGUCAACUAAAUAACUGAAUUUUGUAAAACAAGGAAUCUUAAUAAUCAAACAAAGACAACAUCCAAAACUGCAAAAACUUUAAUUAUUACAUCUCCAGAAGUUAAUGAAAGUUUAUUAAAUAUUUAUUUUUAGAUACUGGAUAAACUCAGAUAGAAUUUACAAUUAAUUAAACUUCAAAUUAGGAUAGAAUACUGGUUCUAUAAAAGUAUCUUGAAAAUCCUCUUUUAUACAAUGGAAGAAAAUUCGAUUUUAGAGUUUGGGUGUUAAUUGAUCACACUAACAAAUACUAUUUCUUUAAGGAAGGGUACAAAUAUAAAUAUUAAUCAAGGUAUUUGAGAUUAGCAAGUGAGCUUUUCGAUAUUAAUAAUCUAAAGUCGUUAUUUAUACAUUUAACUAAUAAUGCUAUAUAAAAAAAUCAUCCUCAUUAUUGCAAAUUUGAAUUAGGAAAUUAAUUGAGUUUGUAAGACUUAUAAUAAUAUUUAACAUCUUAAAAGAAUAGUAAAGUAACUUCAGUAGGGAUUGUUUAAAAAAUGAAAGAACUUAUACAUUAAACAAUAUUCUGUGCUGGUUCUAAAUUGCGAGACAGUUGAUAAUUUGUGUUUAUUUUUUAGAUCGCAAAGAUUUUUAAUUUGAAAUAUUUGGAUAUGAUUUUAUGGUUGAUAAUAAUGGAAACAUUUGGUUAAUUGAAAUAAAUACAAAUCCAUGUAUUGAAGAGAGCAGUCCUUUAUUAUAGAAAUUGAUUCCUCGUAUGUUAAGUAGUAUUUAUUUAUAAUUUAGAUGAUGCAUUUAGAUUAACUAUAGAUAAAUUUUUUUCUCCUUUCAAAACUUCUUAAGAGAACUUUCUAAAUAAUCUUUAUGAGUAUAGCAUACCAGGCUAUAGUGAUAAAGAUAAUCUUUGGGAUUAUAUGGGCUAAAUUUGA